GCUAGAGAGCGGAGAUACAUGAUGAUGUCAACACGGCAGUGAUCCUUUCGGUCUGGCAAACGCAAGGCCUUUUUUAACCCAUCGAUUUCUUGAUAUAAAUAGGAAUGGUCCGGUGGGAUUGUACAAGUAAUGUUUUGCUUAAUCUCAGAAGUGGUCGUUGUGUCGGGUCUGUCCUUUAAGGCGCAUUGCAGCUUUGCUCAAGGACUCUAGUGAUCAUCUGCAGCAUCCGGAGGAGUCCAGAUCCUACUGGCUGUUUGACCAGAGAUCAACAGACAUGGAGAAUCUAAGCCACGUCUCUGCUUAUCUACACUUCUGAACUGGGUUUGAGUCAGGAGGACCAUGCUCUGCUCAGAGCGUGGCGUGGUGGAGGAAUGGCUCUCAGAGUUCAAGACGUUACCUGACGAUCAAAUCCGCAGCUAUUCUGGCAGCCUGCGUCUGAAGAAAGCUCUGGUACCUGCUCUCUACGCUGUUAUUCAGGAGCAGCCCAGCAGUGAGCUGCUGGCUCCGGUGUGUCAUCAGUUGUUUGAGUUGUACCGGAGCUCUGAGGAGGGUUUGCGUCGGUUUACUCUGCAGUUUCUGCCUGAGCUCAUCUGGGUGUACUUGCGUCAUUCUGCCAGCAGAGAGCGCUACCGCAAUGGCUGUGUGGAAGCCCUUUUACUGGGGAUCUAUAACCUGGAAAUUGUGGACAGUAAAGGAAAUGGAAAGCUGCUGUCAUUCACCAUACCGUCUCUCUCCAAGCCUUCAAUAUACCAUGAGCCAUCCAGCCUGGGGUCUAUGGCGUUAACCGAGGGAGCCUUGAACCAGCACGACCUCAUCCGGGUGGUAUACAGCGGUCUGCUAUCUCAGAGAGAGACGUUUACCUCACAGAACAGGUUUGAGGUGCUGUCUUUUCUAAUGCUUUGCUACAACUCAGCUGUGGUCUUUAUGCCUGCGUCGUCCCACCAGUCGGUUUGCAGAAUGAGCACACGACUCUGUGUGAGCGGUUACCCGCGGCAGCAGGAGAAGUCGUGGAAGGAGCCGUGUAACCGUGUGCGAUUGGAGCCGGAGUUUAUGGUGCAGAUGCUGACUGCUGUUUACCAUGCAAUUUAUAAUGGGCAGUGGGAUCUGGGGAGGGAAGCUUUGGACGACAUCCUCUACCGAGCACAGCUAGACCUCCAUGCCCAGCCAUUACUGGUGGCAAAUGCAAUUAGUCGCUCACUUCCGUCCCGUCCUCCGGAGGGUUCGCGGAACCUUCUGGAGGUGGAAGUCACGCCUGCAGGGAGAUGCGUUUCACAGGCAGCUGUCACUGCCGCCUCCAUUCGUCGCCUCCGCUGGAAACGAGAGGAUUGUUUUGAUUUCUCAACCACGACUGAAUUCUACGCCUCCAUCACCCCCUGCCGAUACACCCCCCCGGAGAGACCCGACAAUCCUGUGGCACGCGGGCGGAUAAAGUGCACCAUUCACCUAACCUUGCAAGGGGAUGCCGACGGCGUGAGUUGUGGAGAGGACUCUUUUGACCCAGAUGAAGGGUUUUCCUCUGGGGCUUCCAGCAGCAGCCAGCCCAGCAGCGUGAAACGUGACUGGGUCAUAACGGGCAUUCGACCUUCCCGAGAUCCGGGAGCCAGGCAGAGGGAGAGCACGUCGGCAGACACCAGAGCCGCCCUCCGAAGCCUCCACCAACGGCACCAGUCCCCUCCCCCCGCCAUCAGCCUCCGUACCGCGGAAAACAGCCGCAGCCCGAGUCCCAGCGCUCCCAGACGCUUUCUGGACCCGCAUUACAUCCCUCCCUUCACUGGUGCGCCGCCUAAAACCAGCAGCACGUCUUCUAGCAAGUCUCUUGACUGUACAGGGCUAAACGGCUCAUCGGGACCUACAGAUAGCCUAUCGCUGGGAAGCCUCAGUGCUGACAGAGCACACUAUCUGUCAGCCAUCAGCUUGCAAGAGGAACGUCUAGGGCGAGCGAUGCGGAGCCAGGAUCUCCUCUCUCCCGGGAGUCCGUUCUCCUCUGGAAGCCCGCUGUCCAAACAGUCUCGGUCACCCAGUUUUAAUAUGCAGAUUAUAUCACAGGUGUAAAAUGAUUUUGCUGGGCUGUGUGUGUGCAUGAGAAUAUGGAAGCUUAUUUCUACUGUAGAAUUAAAAAAAAAAAGUUUUGACCUUGUUUCUGACAAUUCAGCUUGUUGUAAAUUUAUUUUUGUAAUUCUGAGUUUAUGUCUCACAAUUUUGACUUUUUUCUGUAUGUAAACUCUGAUAUUAAUUCACAAUUCUGAAAAAAUUGUGAGAUAUACAUUCAUAAUUGCAAGAAAAAGGGCAGAAUUGCAAGAAAGUCACUGUUAACUUCAAUUUUUUUUCAUGACAGUUAUUUUUUCUAAUAAUUCUGACCUUGCUUUUUGAAAUUCUGAUAUUAAUUCUGAGUUUGUCUCACAAUUCAGACUUUUUUCUGUAUAUAAACUCACAAUUCUUAGAAAAAAAAUUGAGAUGUUAGCUAGUGAUUACAAGAUGUAAUCUUCAAAUUGUGAAAUACAUUCAUAAUCGUGAGAAAAAGGUCAGAAUUGUGAGAUAAAGUCACUAUUAACAAUUAUUUUUAUUUCAUGAUCAUUAGUUUUUUUUAGAAAUUCUGAUCUUGUUUCUUGUUUCUCAUUUAAUCUCUGACAAUUCAGGGUUUUUUUUUAAUUCUGAGUGUAUGUCUUACAAUUCUGACUGUUUUUUCAUAUAUAAACUCAGAUAUAAAUUAACAAUUCUGAGAAAAACAAUUGAGAGAUGCUAACUAGCAAUUGCAAGAUAUAAUCUCCAAAUUGUGAGAUAUACAUUAAUAAUUGUGGGAAAAAAGUCAGAAUUGCAAGAAAGUCACAAUUAACUAUUAUUUUUAUUUCAUGACGAUUAAUUCUUCCUCAUAAUUCUGACCUUGUUUCUUGAAAUUCUGAUUUAAUAUCUGACAAUUUUUGUUUUUUUUGUAAUUCUAAACUCAAAUAUAAAAUUCACAAUUUUGAGUAAAAAAAAAAAAAAAGAAAAGUAACCUCCGUUUGCAAGAUAAAAUCUCAGAGAAAAGGGUCAGAAUUGUGUUAACUUUUGUUUUUAUUUCAUGGCGACUUUUUUCUUGUAAUUCUGACCUUGCUUAUUGAAAUUCUGAUUUGAUAUCUGACAAUUCAGGGUUUUUUUGUAAUUCUGAGGUUGUCUCACAGUUCUGACUUUUUUGUAUAUAUAAACUCAGAUAUAAAUUCAGAAUUCUAAUUAAAAAAAUUGCGAGAUGUUAACUAGCAAGAUACAUUCUCCAAAUUGUGAGAUAUACAUUCAUAAUUGCGAGAAAAAGGUCAGAAUUGUAAGAGUCGUAAUUAAGUUUAAUUUUUGCGUCAUGAUGAUUACUUUUCUCCUCACAAUUCUGACAUUGUUUCUUGAACUCUUACUAUUCAGUUAUUUUUUCAUAAUUCUGAGUUUGUCUCUCAAUUUUUUGUUUAUAAAUUCACAAUUCUGAGAAAAAAGGAGAGAUGUUAACUAAAAGAUACAAUCUCCAAAUUGUAAAAUAUACAUUCAUAAUUCCAAGAAAAAGUUCUGAGUUGUGAGAAAGUCACAAAAAACUUUUUUUAUACUUAAUGGUGAUUAUCUUUUUUCUAAUAAUUCUGACCUUAUUUCUUGAAUUUUUGAUUUAAUAUCUGACACUACAGGUUUUUUUUUAUAAUUCUGAGUUUGCCUCACAAUUCUGACUUUUUUCUACAAGUAAACUCAGAUAUAAAUUCACAAUUCUGAGGAAGAAAAGAGACAUGUUAACUAGCGAUUGCAAGAUAUAAUCUCCAAAUUGUGAGAUACAUUCAUAAUUGUAAGUAAAAAGGUCAGAAUUGUGUCACAUUUAAGUUUUAUUUUUAUUUUAUGAUGAUUACUUUUUCCUCAUAAUUCUGACAUUGUUUCUUGAAAUUCUGAUUUAAUAUCUGACAAUUCAGGGUUUUUAUGUAAUUCUGAGUUUAUGUCUCACAAUUCAGAUUUUUUUUCUAUAAAAAAAACAGAUAUAAAUUCACAGUUCUGAGAAAAAAAAAUUGAGAGAUGUUAACUAGCGAUUCAAAGAUAUAAUCUCCAAAUUGUGAGAUAUACAUUGAUAAUAAUGAGAGUCAGAAUUGUGAGAUAGUCAUAAUUAACUACUAUUUUCAUUUCAUGAUGAUUUGUUUUUUAAUAAUUCUGACAUUGUUUCUUGAAUUUCUGAUGUAAUAACUGACAGUACAGUUUUUUUUU